AUGGGUAACGGAAUUGCGGAUUCGCGCCGCGCCCGCAGGCGAGUCAGCCAGCCUCCUGUUAACAAACAAUUAACGGCGAAAAAUAAAGAAAUGGGGCGAUUAAGGUCUCAUGGGGCGGGAAGGGAAGGCCCGGGGCGCGGUUGUGGGAACUCUGUAUUGUUUUUGGAUGGUCACAUUAUGAUUGCUCAGUCGGCUGACGCUGCGCACAGACACACCGUGUCGCUAAACAACGAAGCUUUAGCACACACAUGGCGAAUUAAUUUUAUUGUACGUUUGACGAUAUGA